AAUGCUUCAUCAUUAAAGGUGGAGUUUCUAUCGGACUUGAGAGGGUAAGACUUUAUGCGGGGUAAUUUGUAUUUAAACCAGACUUCAUCAACUUUUUGGAACUAAACAAGAUGUCUGUUCUUUGCUUCUUUAAGCAUCUAACCUUAAUAGCCUUCCUCCAUGCCGUUGCUCCGAUUGCAUGUCUUAACUUCAAUUACUCCCAAUUUGAUCAAAAUGAUUAUAAAACCAUUCAGGUAACCCAAAAUACUUCUAACAUUUACUGGGGUGCCAUCCAAGUUACGCCGGACAACAGCCGCGAUUCUGAGCUCACAAAUUCAUCCGGACGAGCCUGGUAUGCAAAACCGUUCAAGCUGUGGAGAAGAGGCCGAGGCGUGGACCCGAUCACGGCUUCCUUUAAUUCAACCUUUGUGAUUAAUAUUUCACCAGUUGGGGGUAGGACUCCAGUUGGCGAGGGCUUGGCCUUUAUAUUGACUGCAAAUUCCACUGUGCCAGAAAAGAGUUAUGGGAAGUGGCUGGGGAUUGUAAAUGAGAAAUCAAAUGGAUCCUCCCAAAUAGUGGCUCUAGAAUUUGACACAGUGAAAAGCUAUCCAGAAGAUCUUGAUGAUAACCAUGUUGGAUUGGAUGUAGGGAGCAUAUACUCCACCGUACAGCUCAGUAAUGGAAAAGAUAUACGGGUAAAUGUCCUUUACGACGGCCAAAGCAAAAAGCUGAGUGUUUCUAUUGCAGCAAAUGAAACAGAGGAGUUCAUCCCAAUUUCCGAAAUUAUUGAUCUCUCCAGUUAUCUUCCAGAGGAUGUUUAUGUGGGCUUCUCAGCUUCAACAGGUGAUCAAAUAGAAUUAAACUGUGUGAGAUCUUGGAGUUUCCAAGGUGAAGAUAUAGGUGGACAGAGCUUGUUGUGGGUUUGGAUCUCUGUUCCUGUCGUGGCUCUGCUCAUUCUAUUUUUUAUAGUUGCCUUUUUCCUGUAUAGGAGAAGGAAAUCCAGGCAAGAAGACCCAGACGGAGCAUAUCCGAACAUAGAAGAUCAUAUUAGAAGCUCCACCGCACCAAGGAAGUUCCGGUUGAAUGAACUCCGAAAAGCUACCGGAAACUUUAACCCCAAGAACAAGCUCGGAAAAGGGGGAUUCGGGACGGUCUACAAGGGCAUCUGGAGAAAUAAGGAAAUAGCUGUUAAAAGGGUCUCCAAAAAAUCCGGGAAGCAAGAAUUUGUAGCAGAAGUUACAACAAUCGGCAACUUGAAUCACAAAAACCUGGUGAAGCUGACCGGAUGGUGCUACGAAAGCCGAGAGCUCCUACUUGUUUAUGAGUACAUGCCAAAUGGGAGCCUCGACAAGUUCAUAUUUUCUGAUGACAGCCGGCAGGACUUGACGCUCAACUGGGAAACAAGGCUUAGCAUAAUAAAUGGCGUUGCUCAGGCACUAGAGUAUCUCCACUACGGCUCUCAGAAAAGGGUGCUUCACAGGGACAUAAAAUCGAGCAACAUCAUGUUGGAUUCAGAAUUCAAUGCCAAGUUAGGUGAUUUUGGAUUGGCCAGAACAAUUCAAGAUGAGGGAAAAACCCACCAUUCCACCCUAGAGAUUGCUGGAACCCCUGGCUACAUGGCGCCAGAGACUCUCUUGAUCAGCAGGGCAACUGUGGAAACAGAUGUUUAUUCCUUCGGUGUUCUGCUGCUGGAAGUUGUCUGUGGGAGAAAACCUGGGAACCAAAAUGAAGAGGACACUGACAAUGGCAGCAUUGUGAAUUGGACAUGGGAUCUUUACAAGAAGGGAAGGAUAGUUGAUGUCGCAGAUCCCAGAAUGGAAGGGAAGUUUGGGGAGGAAGAAAUGGAGUAUGUGCUGAUUCUGGGGUUGGCCUGUUGCCACCCAAACCCGAAUUACAGGCCCUCUAUGAAGACUGUUCUGCAGGUUCUUACAGGGGAGGUAGAGCCUCCUCAGGUGCCCCUUGAGAGGCCCUCGUUUAUUUGGCCAGCAAUGCCUCCUUCCUUCAGUAAGUUAGAGUACUCCACGACAGGAAGUCAGCUUGCACCAUUUUCAGAGCUUACAGGGAGAUAGAAUGAGCACCUGAAGAAUGUGUAUAUACCAAGAAGGUAGAACAGCAAGCCUUUUAGCCCUAUUUAUAGCAUAUUGGCUGGUAUUAUAGCAUUUCAAUUGUGUAAAUUUAGAUAGAAGUUUUACCACCUUUGUUUGAAAUAACAUCAAUGUCUAAAUUGAAAAUCUUUGGUGUUCUCUCUUUGUACAAAAACAUAAGUCUACAAAUAAAAGGGCUACUUCUUU